AUGUCGGCCAUCUUAUCCGCUGACGACCUCAACGACUUCAUCUCCCCUGGUGUCGCUUGUAUCAAGCCUGUAGAGACCCUCCCAAAACAGCAACCACAAGAAAAUGCCUACGAGGUCACGACCGAAGACAAGAUCGCUGCCGCCGAAGCCCCGCCAGCCAGCAUUUCCUUGACCGAUUGUCUCGCAUGUAGUGGUUGCGUUACUUCAGCAGAAGCUGUCCUCGUCAGUCUACAAUCGCAUCAAGAAGUUUUGAACACACUAGAGGCAUACCCUGAACUGCGCUUGCCUUGGACCGCUCCAGGCGAGUCUCUACCAGGUCCCUCGGAUGGCAAGGUCUUUGUCGCAAGCGUGUCGCCUCAGACUCGCGCAAGCAUCGCCGCUACAUAUGGUGUUUCCGAGACCGCGGCUACAAACAUGAUCCAACAACUUCUCUCUGGUCCAGCGGGUCUGCGAUCGGGCGGCGCAAACAACAGUGGUUUCGCCUGGGUCAUUGACACGAAUGUUAUGCGUCAGGCUGCUCUGGUUGCUGCAGCCGACGAGGUCAUGGAUUCUCUGGCACCAUCAGCCAAACACACAACUGACUUUAGUGGAUCGCGCGCCGAGAAACCCAAGAAGCCCAUCCUUGCCUCUGCCUGCCCUGGUUGGAUCUGUUACGCCGAGAAGACACACCCUCACGCACUACCACACAUGUCACGACUGAAAUCACCACAAGCCUUAACCGGUACAUUGAUCAAGAGCGUUCUUGCAAGGAAAUAUGGGGUCAACCCUGACAAUGUGUGGCACAUGGCAAUCAUGCCUUGUUUCGACAAGAAGUUGGAAGCAUCAAGAGAAGAAUUGACAGAUAUACAUUGGUCUCCUGAUGGAGCGAACAGCGAAAGCAAGGGCAUUCGCGACGUCGAUUGUGUAAUCACUGCUCGCGAGCUUCUCAUGCUGGCCGAGAGUCGCGGCAUUUCCUUUCCUCAACUACCGCAGAAGCCCCUGUCGAGACAACAGCGCACGCCUUUUCCUGAAUCUAAACUGGACCGCUUCCUCUUUCCUUCCACUUCUACUCCCAAUGGCACACGAGAUGCUGGCACUAGUGGUGGAUAUCUCUGGCACGUCAUGCAAACGUAUCGCGCACAACAUCCAGGCAGCCAGAUCACUGUUCAACGAGGUCGCAAUGCUGAUGUUGUCGAGUAUACUUUGGUUGACUCAGAAAACGCUGCCAUCGUAAGAUCUGCUCGAUACUACGGUUUCCGUAACAUCCAGAACUUGGUCCGCCGACUAAAGCCUGCACGCGCAUCACGUAUGCCGGGUGCGGUAAACAGACUUGCUGGUGCCCGCAAGCCUGGUGCAGCGGCAGGUUCCGCGGGAGGUCAGAACCUGAGUGACUACGCAUACGUGGAAGUUAUGGCAUGUCCUGGCGGCUGCACAAACGGUGGUGGUCAGAUCAAGGUUGGAGAUGUAGGAGCUCUUCGAAGCAGUGGUGUAGAGAAUGGAGGCGACCAGGAAGUUGCUCCUCAACAGAAGGAGUGGCUGCAAAAAGUGGACGAAGCAUAUUUCUCAUCCUCGUCUGCAUCGUCAUCGCCAUCACCUUCAGAUACAGAGGAUGAAGGCGUUGAAGACGUAGACGCCUCAUUCGCAGUCACAACAGCGAAAUCUUCUGCUAAUGGCGACGUGGAGAUGGAAGAUGCAGAGGAUGCUUCGUUAGUAGAUGGCAUCUCACACUCGCGGAUCAAGGAUAUCUUCUCGCAUUGGUCUGAGCUCACAGGAGUAGCAACAGACAAGCUAGUAUAUACCUCGUACCGCAAGGUCGAGAGUGACAUUGGCAAGGCCACAGAUGUAGAAAGAGUGGCUGGUCUUGCUAGCACUAUUGGUGGUGGAUGGUAG